UAAAGGGAAAUUAUCAAAGCCAAGCAUACUUGUCUUUGUACGUAUCACUGUAGCCAUGGUCUCAUCUGUCCUCCGAUGGAGUAUUUUCAUAUCGAUAUUCUCGUCCGUUUGCUGUUUAAGACGAGAUUAUUUUAUAACUGCUGAGGAACAAUGGUGGGACUAUGCACCGAGUAAACAGAACCUUAUAACAAACGACAGAACUAUAUCAGACCGAUAUAUACAAACAACAGAGGAUAGAAUAGGAAGUGUUUAUAAGAAAGUGAUGUUAAAGCAGUUCACUGAUGGUUUCUUCCAAAGGGAGAUAAAACCAGCACCAUGGAUGGGAUAUGUUGGGCCUACAAUUAAAGGAGAAACUGGUGAUGUGUUGUAUGUUCACUUCCGGAACUUAGCAUCAAGGCCUUAUGGACUUCAUCCUCACGGUGUACAAUACUUUAAAGACAGCGAAGGAUCGUUGUACAUGGAUGGCACUUCCGGUAGAGAUAAGUUAGAUGAUGCUGUACCACCAGGACAGACGUAUACAUACAGAUGGUUCAUGCAAAAUACGUUUGCCCCAACAAAAGAUGAUGAGAACUGUAUCCCUGUUGGCUACCAUCCACAUAUCAGAUCAACAAAAGACGUCGAUACUGGGUUGAUUGGGAUCUUAUUGAUAUGUAAACCUGGAACAUUGAAUCCAGAUAAAUCUAGGAAGGAUGUUGACAGAGAGUUUGUUCUGUAUGCCGAUAUCAUCAAUGAAACUAAUAGUUGGUUGAUAGACCAGAGCUUAAAUCUAUGUCGAAAUCCACAACGCUGUCGACAACUUUUCGACCAGAAAAAUGUGCCUUUCAUUUCGGACACGUUAAUGUAUUCGAUAAACGGGUAUAUUUAUGGAAAUAUGCCUGACUUCCCAAUAUAUGAAGGAGAGAAGGUAGCAUUUUAUGCCAUGGGAUUAAACUUGGGACUACAUGUCUUUGGUGUACAAGGACAGUCAUUUAAGUUUAAGCGUACAAGAACACAUGCUGUUGUGUUUGGUAUAGCACGGUUUGAAGGGUUAUACAUGACAGCCAGAAAUCCUGGUAGAUGGAUGAUAUUUUGUAAAGUCAACUACCAUUUUGAUCAUGGAAUGGCAGCUUUUGUAAAUGUGAUGCCAAGACCAGGAGUAUUGCCGCCAACUAAAAUAAGAAGAACACGUCGUUAUUUCAUAGCUGUAGAAGAAAUUGUAUGGGAUUACAGACCGUCUGGUAGAGUAUUGGCGAGAGUUGGUAAAGGUUCAACUGAAAGAUCAAAGAUAGAGGAACGAUUCUUCACAAGCGAUGGAGCUGUUGGAGGCCGUUUUGUUAAAGCAGUUUUCAUUGAGUAUACAGACGGAUCAUUUCAAAAACGAAAAAAACGCAUUAAAGACGAGAAACAUUUGGGGAUACUUGGACCACCAGUUAGAAUUGAAGUAGGAGAAAUGUUAGAAAUUAUACUUUUAAACAAAGCAAGCCGGCCUUAUUCCUUUAAUCCAUUUGGUCUUGCAUUCACCAAAGAUAACGAAGGAGCAUUCUAUAAAAACGACAGAUAUAGCAGUGAAGUCUCAGGUGCUGCAGCGAUGCCUAGACAACAACGUCGCUAUAUUUUUACUGUACCAUGGGAUUAUGGACCUACAGAAGAAGAUCCACAAUGUGUAACAGAAACGUACCAAUCAUUUGUUGAUUACACUAAGGACCAGAAUUCUGGUUUGGUCGGUCCACUCCUUAUUUGUAAACCAGGAUCUUUAAACGCGUUCGGAAGGCAGCAUGGUGUAGACAAAGAAUAUUUCCUAAUGUUGAUGAAUUGGUUUGAACAAGAUAGUUGGUACUUUAAUCAAAGUAUAUCCUUGGCCAUGCUGAAUGGUAAAAUAGUUGACCAAGAAAACGAUAUGUUAAGAGAUGUGAACGCUUUAAGAGCAAUAAACGGUAGAGUUUUCGGCAACAUUGGCGGUUUUGAAAUGUGUGUUGGAGACAAAGUAUCCUGGCAUGUUCUUGGAUUUGGUGCAAGAUUUCAGUUCCAGAAUCCAGUGUUUGAAGGAAACAAUGUCCGAUAUGAUGGACGAAUGGUUGAUCACGUGCCUGUUUUCCCGGGCACUAGUCAGACAGCUUAUAUGAUUCCAGAUAAUCUGGGAAAGUGGCUUCUCCAUGCUGGUCAGUUAGAAUCUCAGACAGACGGCAUGGUAACUAGAUAUAAUGUAGGCCUGUGUAAUCGCCAUCUGUUAGUGUCUAUUCCUGUCUUUAAGAAGACUGUAAUUCGCAGGAUUUAUAUAGCAGCAGUAGAUGUUAUCUGGGAUUAUGCACCGAGAAAAUUAAACAUUGUGACAAUGGGGGAUCUUAGAGAUCCAAAUACACCGGGUAAUAUAUACGUUCGUAACACUGACAUGUUUAUUGGCACACAGUAUAAAAAGACUGUGUACAGGGAGUUCUAUGAUGCAUCAUUCUCAAGACAGGUACAGCGUACAGAAAAAGAUAACCAUCUCGGAAUACUUGGACCAUUCAUUAAGGCAGAAGUUGGAGACGUCAUUCAAGUUUUUUUCAAAAAUAUGGCGUCUUUUGAUAAUUCUAUAUACUUGAAGAAUCUACCACUGGAUAAUGAAAUGUCUAAACACUUAAGAAAUGGUGUAAAACCAGGAGAUAUGAAAAUUUACAGAUGGCGAGUUCCAGAACGAUCCGGUCCUGGUAGAAAUGAGCCUAACUGUGUUGGAUAUACAUAUAAUUCGCCUGUUUACCCUCAUAAGGAUAUUGCCACAGGUCUGAUGGGACCGCUACUUAUUUGUAAAAGAGGUGUUUUGGAUGUUUAUAACAACAGAAUGGACAACACAAACAAAGAAUUUGCGUUAGCUUUUGUUAUAUUCAAUGAAGCUAAUAGCCAUUACUUUGACGAGAAUGUACGAGAGAGAGCACCGAACAGAACGAAUCUGGAUGACUCAAUGUUCCAACUAUCUAAUACUAAGUUUAGUAUUAAUGGAUUUAUUUUUUCUAACAUACCGAACCUAGAAAUGGUAGAAGGUGAUACAAUAGCAUGGUACACGUACUCCUUUGGUUCCUUCCGAGAUAUACAUUCAAAUCAUUUUCAUGGACAAACUUUUAUAAAAACUUCGGCAUUAUCUUUCCGGGAUGAUGUGGUUGGUGUUGUUCCAGGAUCCUAUGAAACUGUAGAAAUGUUUGCAGAUAACCCAGGAACGUGGCUUAUUCAUUGUCAUUUAGCAUUACAUAUGUCUGCUGGUAUGCUAAACACGUACACGAUUUUACCAAGGAAUCACACAGAGGCCCUUAUUGAGUUUGCCCUCAAAGGUUACCACGUAUAGGUAAAGGAGACGGAACAUGAUUAGAUGAAGUGUGUAUUGAUGUUAAUCAAUAAAUGUUACGUUUGUAAUUUGUUUUAAAAAAUGGAAUAUUAGGAUGUUA